AUGGCCGGCGCAUUUUCAACGACAUAUAGGACUCUGAUCCGCCGGAAUGCUGUCUACCUGACUUCCAUCUUCGCCGGUGCUUUCGCAUUCGAAGUUGCUUUCGACACCUCCACCAACAGGCUGUGGGAUACCUGGAACCGCGGCCGUCAAUGGAAGGACAUCAAGCACCAAUACCUCGGCGCUGCCGAGGAGGAGGAUGACGAUGAGUAAAUAUGGGCCCCAGAAGUUGAACACCGAUUG